GCAGCAGUGAGGCGUAGUGAACGAGUUAGCUCCCCUAAAACCACCAUCGAAGAAGAAUGAAGCUGACGUUAGCAACGCUAAGGUGACGAGAGACAAAAGGACGACGACGAAGUGAAAUCGCGUUCCCAACAUUCAAAGUGUUUGAGGAGUCGGCGAAGGAGCGACUAAUGGCGGCAGCUGAUGAAAUAUUCGGGCUGUUAGAAAGAACCAUCGCGUCGUACGAGGAGGAACUUUCACAAGCAAGAGAGAAGAACGAGCGCCAGCAACAGGAGGCUGUUAGCAAGACUCAGCUUGUGCUACACGAUGGAGACGUCCAGCAGCUGAUUGGACGCCCCCCUCAAGCACAGGCAAGGAGCCCUGCUUCGAUGCAGGAUGAUACCCGGCCCCCCCACAUCAAAGAGGAAGACGAGGAACUCUGCAUCGCUGAGCCGGAGGAGGCACUGUUUGGUGUCUCUUUGAAAACCGAAGCACUUGAAGACAAACCACCCGAGUCCCCGCGGCGUCCUCACAGACCGGGUAAGGAGGAGAAAGGGGCGGAGCCUCCAAGCAGCAGCUCAACAGAAGCCGAUGGAGACCACUGUGGAGGAUCACCAGCGGACAAGCUCUUAGCUCCACUAUCAGAUAGCGAGCACACGACGUCACACUCUCCUGAGAAUGAAGACGGAGGCGACGCCCGAGAAGCGUUGAGCAGCGAUGCGGACUGCGGCGCCGAUAAGACGACUCACGCGGACGAGGAACAAAAGAAGGCGGGUAAAAAGUCUCGUACCUGCCCCUUUUGUCAUAAAAGCUUUUCUGACAAGUUCGGCUUGACUCGACACAUGCGGGCGCACAAAGGAGAGAAACCCUUUAGUUGCUCAGUGUGUAAUCAAACUUUUUCCCGAAAUGAUAUUUUGAUUAAACACAGGACCACGCACACCGAAGAAAGGCCUUUUAUUUGUUCGGUGUGCGGUAAAGGUUUCUCUACAAAGUCCAACAUAACCAUACACAUGAGAACACACACGGGGGAAACACCUUAUUCCUGUUCCCUUUGUGCCAAAACGUUUACGCAGCACAACAGCUUGACAGCCCACAUGCGCACACACACGGGAGAAAAACCUUUUGGUUGCUCGGUUUGCGAUAAACGCUUCUCUACAAAGUCGAAUAUGGUUAAGCACAUGAGAACGCACACCGGUGAAAAACCGUUUAGCUGCUCAAUCUGCGGCAAAACGCUGAUCUCAAAGGCUUCUUUGAUUGGACAUCAGCGAACGCACAGCGGAGAAAAACCUUUUAGUUGCUCGGUUUGCGGUAAGAUGAUCUCGUCGAAGUCGAGUAUGGCGAAACACAUGCGGACGCACACGGGAGAAAAACCAUACUCUUGUUCCCUUUGUGCCAAACCAUUCACUCGGCACGACAAUUUGAUGGCGCACAUGCGGCUACACAAAAGACGAUAAAUGUUUUCCUGAGAUUGUCAAACCAUGGAAUCGUACCAUCGUGUGAGACGCCACCUAUGUGGAGCCGUGUGUGUGUGUGUUACCAGAUUACCUCAUGAUUCCAAGUUCGAUACACCAUUGUCGCUGUUACUAUUAGUACUGUGAUGCAUCAAUGAUCAUGAUAAUGUCUUUUUGUUGUGACUUUUUUGUAUAUUUGUAUAUAUUGCUUUAAGAAGACUAAAAUAAAGACUAAUGCACUAAAAGGUUG